CGAAAAUAGGAUAAAUUGAGUGAGGCAUCUACCUAUCCAUCUCCAAUGGCGGAUAUUUCGAGAUCAAUCGGGUCCAGAUGGGUCGUAUUCCUCUUCAUCUUCUCCUUACUCAGUACCCAUUUCUCGCAUUCUGAAAUCAGAAUGUUCUCUGAUUUGGGUUCUUUGAUCUUACUCCCUUCUCUCUAGUUUCUGUUUUUUAUUCGCAUUGCUUUGAAUUUUUGCUUCUGGGUUUGCGAUUUUCGCCCUUCUGCUCGACAUCGCCAUGACUGUGGCUGUGCCUAUGGCUUCUUGGAGCUCUGGGCUUCACUCCAAUUGCAGUUCUUGGAGCCUCAAAUCUUCUGAAACCCGUUUUGGAAGUGGAGUUGGAAGUGGGGUUUUGACCAGAACUUCCCUUGCUUUACAUGCCAAAUGUUUCUGCCUACUUCAAAGAGGAAGAAGAUCUUCUUCCAACAUGAAGAGCAUUCCACGAGCAUCAUCAGCUACAGCUGUUGAGGAUGGAAGUAACGGUGAUACUGAUACAAUUCCAACGCCCAUAGUUAUAAUAGACCAGGACUCUGAUCAAGAUGCAACCGUCGUGGAAAUAACCUUUGGCGAUCGGCUUGGAGCCCUGCUCGACACGAUGAAUGCUCUAAAGAACCUGGGGCUGAAUGUUGUCAAGGCUAAUGUCUUUUUGGAUUCUUCUGGAAAACACAACAGAUUUUCCAUUACAAAAGCAGAUACCGGAAGAAAGGUAGAUGAUCCGGAGUUGCUCGAGGCAAUUCGUUUGACGAUUAUAAACAACUUGAUUCAGUAUCAUCCGGAAUCUAGUGCUCAGUUAGCAUUGGGAGCAGCCUUCGGAGUUGUGCCACCGAAACAACAGGUUGAUGUGGACAUUGCUACACACAUAACCAUACGAGAUGAUGGUCCUGACCGUAGCUUACUGUAUGUGGAGAGCGCUGAUCGACCGGGAUUAUUGGUGGAUCUUGUGAAGAUCAUCACUGACAUAAACGUCGCAGUUGAAUCUGGAGAAUUCGACACUGAGGGAUUGUUGGCUAAGGCUAAAUUUCAUGUUAGCUACAGGGGCAAAGCCCUCAUCGAACCUCUUCAGCAGGUUAUAUCAAAUAGUUUACGAUAUUUCUUGAGGCGACCAACGACAGAGGAGGCGAGUUUUUGAGCCCUGAGGUAAACUGAAACCAUAAAAAUAACCUGAUUGUUGUUGUAACAUAUCUUACCAUGGUCAUUCAUACUCUUUUUAAGUGAGAUUUGAACCUCAAAAUGAACAUUAUGCAUUCGUGAAUGCGUUCGUGAGAAAUGUACGAGUAUGUUAUUCGAUCCUCAGUCGUGUCAUGAUGUAUUCAUUAUCGCUCAUUUGAUACUUUAACAAAGUACAUUACAUGAUA